AUAUUAUAAAAAUCUAGGGAUUUUUUUAUAUUAAAGAGACAAACUUGUAUUUCAAAUUGUUUGAUCAAUGUAUUAUACAUGCAUCUGCUAUCGUUUCGUCUUUCUAAAGAUUAAAAAUUCAUCGAAUAUUAAAAUACUUAUUUUUAUUAAAAUCCAUUUUGAAGAAUCAAAAUGACUACCAUACAAGAAGAAAUAAAAGAUUUUGUUCGACGUGCUGUUAUUGCAACAGAUCCGCAAGAAGCUGUUAAGGAAUAUUUCUUAUCGAAGGAAGAAGACCGUGAUAUUAAGUAACGAAAAAGUUAUUUCAUAUAAUUGAUUUUUAAUGUAUUACAAGUAUAUUCUGUGUAUUCUUUUAUUUUCAGUUCGAUAACAAUUAGGAAACUGAUGUAAAAUUCUAUGAAAAAGAUAUGUGAAUUGUGUGUUUUAUGUAUUAGAAAGUAUCCUGAAUGGGAUAAGCCAAGAGUUUACCCAGCAUUUGAAGUAGUAAGAGCGCGUUGUGAAUUAGAAAAGACCGAAGGUAGAUUACAUGCGAAAUGGUUGGAACAGCAAAAAAAACGAAAAUUUAUGGACGAGCAAUGGCAGCACAUGAGACGUCAGGAAUUGAUCCUCCGGGAAUCAUUUAUAAAAUUCAAUAGAUUCGUGAAGGAAAAUCAAGAGAAACGUGAUCGUGCUGAUACUAAAAUUAAAGAAGAACGUGAACGUCAAACGAUUAGACAGGAAGAAAUAAAACAGAUAAAUGAAAAUUUAAAACACAUGUAUGACGUUCGAGACAGAAUGAAGAAACAUGUACAAGAAUAUCAAAAAUAUUCAUAUUAUUUAGACAGAGUUAUUACCGAAACAGGAGAAUUUCAAUCAAUUUCUGACAUUUUUAAUCGAUACGAAACAUUAGUAGAAGCACGAUCAAUUUUAACCGAACAUCAAGAUAAGAAUCUUCGAUUAUUAGAGGAAAGAGGAACAGAAAUGCAUCAUAUGACAGAAUUAAAAGCACAACAAAUUCUGGGAUUGAAUAACGUGUUAGCGCAAUUACAAGCAAGACGCGAUAAGGCAGAAGUACAAGCUCGUAAAUGGGAAUCAAUCGUAUCUGAAAUAAAAGUAACUGCGACGGAAAAAAAUUUGGAGCAUACGCAAGUGAAAACAUGUUGCUGGAAUCUAUAUCAACAAAUCUGCAAGAAAAAGGAUAUUCCCGUGACUGUGAGCAAAGACAAUAUCGAGCAACAAUUGGAUCAAAUUAAGCGAACAAUUAUUGAAUUAAAAUCGAUCAUGAAAAUUGCAAAAAUUAUAACAAAAUAAGAAACACAGUUUAUUUGAAAUUAUUCAACUAUGUGUAAAUAAUAUUCUAAAGAAAUAAAAUAUACUGAUAAA